AUGGAAGAAAGUUCAUUAAAAGAUCUAGCAGCGGCCAAAUGUGCAGCUGAAAAUUAUGAAAACAAGUAUCAUCAAAUAGAAUAUGAAAAAGAGAAAUAUCGUGAAGAAGCUCGGCUAGCUAAACAUCACUUAGAAUUAACAGAAGCUGCUUUAAAGAAUGCUAAUGAAAAACUUAAACAAUAUCAAGAGAAUAUUAAAAAAUUAGAAAAUGACUUACAUGCUUAUGAAUUACUAAAAGAUCGGAGUCAAGCAGCUGUAGUUGGCUUACAAAAAGUAGCAAGAGAAUCUCAAGACAAUGUUAUUCAUUUGGAAACACGUUUAAGAAAUCUAACAGAAAGUCAAAAUUCGGAACAAAAGAAUCUUCAGAAAAGAAUUGAUGAAUACAAUAAAUUUCGUUUAGAACUUGGACGUCGAAUUGGAUUAUCUGAAGCAAAUGCAGACUUCCUUAAUGUUAUUGAGAAAGUUACACAGCGUUUAGAUGAAGCAGCGCUACUUGAAUUGAAAUGUACACAAAAUACAUCUAAUUUGAAUAGAACCAUUACAGAAUUGAAUUCCAUAAAACGAAGUACAGAUGAAAUAACCAAAAGAAGUGAAGAAGCUAUACAAGAAAGGAAAAUACUUCUUGAAAAAGUAAAUCUACUUGAGGCCAAAAAUACAGAUUUAACUUCACAAUUAACAUUACUGCAAAACAUGUCACAAGCAAAAGAAACUAUUAUUAAAGAUCUACGUAAUCAAGUAGACAAUUUACAAAAUAAUAAACAGUCAGUUGAAGAAAGAAAUAAACAAACUGCAUUCAAACUUCAAAUGGAAAGUACAAAAAUGAAAGCUUUGUUAACAUCACUUUCUGCAUCUUUAUCAACAAUCGAUAAACCAUGUGAACCGACUGAAGUUGGCGUCAAAGAGUCUAUAAGCAGAAUUUUAGAUCAAAUUGUUCAAAUGCGUGAGGUAAACUGA